AGAUCAAAGUCUUUUGACGUGAAAACCGGCCAAAUUGACGGUGCCGUUGAAUUUGUAAGAGCUUCCCUGUGCCAAUCGCCAUUGAUUGACAAUGUCCCCCAAUUUUGGUUUCUCCUACUUAAAUCCCCGUGAACGUCACUCCACCGAUAAUAAAUUGAUCAAUUCAAACAAAGACGCAUCAGAAGCAUCGAUGCAUUCUACGCCAAAAGGAAGAAGACGCGUUAAAACCCACCCCACAACCCCAGUUGAAUACUCGGUCAGCUUCAAACCCCUAUUUGCCCGGCCUUCCAUAAUUCUCUGAAACUUUCAAAUCCCUUAAUGCAAUAUAAGAGCCUCUCAAUUGGAAUCCAAACGUCUAAAACAGCAGGCCUUUCAAACCAGUGCGCCAAUGCCCAAGUGAAUAUCUGUAAACGAGCAACAGGGGAGAAUAAGCUCUUGAUUGGGUCGGCGCUGCUGCUUUUAAGAGGUUGAUUCAGAUCACAGUUUCAAGAAUUAAGCAUACAGCUGCUGUUUUUCAUCCUCUGUGUUUUAAUUAAGAUCCUCAUUCUGUGAAAUACCAUGGGCUCAGAGGAGGUGCUCAGCCAAUACAUGGCCGGCAAAGAGGAAAAAGUAGAAACGAAGCACACAGAAGCCGAAACCAAGGAAAUUCUUCUCAAUUUCGAUGAAAAGCUGCCGAUAAUAUUCAUCACAGAGGAGGACGAGAACAACAAGAACAAUCCAAAAAUAAAUCUGCCGGCGGUCAAAAAAUUCAUCCUAGAGCGAGGGCACAGUGUAUCCAGCGCUCUGCGCAGGCUUUCCUUCCAGUCCAACUCAGACGACUCCGAAGAGGAUGAAAAAGAGAAAAGCAAAUCGAAAUCCAACAGCACAAAGAGGCCUCCCCUAAUUCAAAUGAACGAAGACGAAGAAGGGGAAGAAAUGAAGGGCAGAAUAACCUUAUUUUCUCGGUCCAGCUGCCGCGAAUGCCGUGCCGUUAGGUCAUUUUUCAGAGAACGGCGCCUCAAAUUUGUGGAAAUUAACAUCGAUGUUUAUCCUCUCCGCCAGGCUGAGUUGCAGGAAAAGGCCGGCAGUCUCGCUGUGCCUCAGAUUUUCUUCAACGAACAGCUCUUUGGAGGUAUUGUUGCCCUAAAUUCAUUGAGGAAUAGCGGGGAAUUUGAGAAGCGGCUGAGGAGUGUGGUGGAGAAGAGGUGCCCUGCCUCUGCUCCGGCUGUGCCCGUCUAUGGCUUUGAUGAUGAUGUGGAGGAGGAGACAGAUGACGAGCUGUUGAAAAUGGUGAAAGUGCUCCGCCAUAGAAUGCCCAUCCAUGACCGCUUCUUCAAUCUGCGCCUGCUCAACAAUUGCUUUACCGGCGGAGAUGCAGUGGAGAUUCUCAUCGACGAGCUCGAUUGUGGAAGGAAGAAGGCUGUUGAAAUAGGUAAAGCGAUUGCAAGAAAGAAUUUCUUCUAUCAUUUGUCACAUGAAAAUGAAUUUGAAGAUGGAAAACAUUUAUAUCGGUUUCUAGAACAUGAUCCGGUUGUUUCCACUAAGUGUUUUAAUUUUCGGGGUUUUACAAAUGACAAAGAACCAAAACCAGCUGCACUGGUAGCAGAAAAAAUAAGGAAAAUAAUGACUGCAAUACUCGAGACUUUUGUCUCAGAUGAUGUAUGUCAUGUCAAUUAUCAGGGAAUUCGCUCAAGUGAGGAAUUCAGAAGAUAUUUGAAUGUUGUUCAAGACCUGCAACGUGUGAAUGUUCUUGCACUCACGAAGGCAGAAAGACUUGCUUUUUUUCUGAACAUAUAUAAUUCUAUGGUGAUUCAUGCCACUAUACAUAAAGGGUAUCCAGAUGGGAUAUUGGAAAGAAAAGAAUUUUUCAAUGAAUUCUUGUACUUGAUUGGGGGGUACCCAUAUUCACUAUCAGAAAUUCAAAAUGGAAUUCUUCGUGCAAACCAAAGAGCACCCUACGGUCUAGUGAAACCUUUCAAGAAUGGUGAUAAGCGACUUCAGGUGGCUCUUCCUAAGGCAAACAUUUUAACUCUUUUUGCAUUGUGCUCUGGAUCAAAAUCAAGUCCUAUAUUGCGCUUCUACUCACCUGAAGGAGUUGAUGCAGAGUUGAAAUCUGCAACCAAAGAUUUUUUUCGGGGUGACGGAAUUAUCAUUGAUAUACACAAGAGGACUGUCUAUCUCAGCAAACUUUUGAAAUGGUACAGUGCUGAUUUUGGGCAGGAAAGUGAAAUGUUGAAUUGGAUCAUGAAUUACUUAGAUGCAAAGAAAGUUGGCCUUCUCUCUCACAUUCUUAGUAACGAGGGUCCAGUCAAUGUUGUUUAUCAAAACUAUGAUUGGUCAUUGAAUUUGUAGUAUCUUAAUAUCAUUUUUUACUGCAAGUUAGGUGUUGGUUUUUUGAAGAGACCACCUACUCGUGAACCGGUCUGUGCUUCACAUAUGAUAUCGACAAAUCUGCUUCAAAGAAGCGAUUUUAUUGAUUGUAUUGCCUUGUCCAUAUGCUUGUAAUUCCAAUAAAUAUAUAAUUAAAGAAAUAAUACAGACAUCUUUAUGGUUAACACCUACAGAUGUUCCGAAAACAUGUACAUGCAUUUUUCCUGCUGUAUAAAAGCAUGGUUACAUCCCUGAGCCUUUUUCUAUUUAUAAUAUAUAUGACUUAUUUGGUAUUUUAA